UUCUCAGUGCCCAGCCAAUACUCAGAGCUUAGAUACGCCCCUGGUCAGCCCUGUAUCACCAAAAAGAACCAUGCAUACUGGAUAUAUUACUACAGAAAGCCUAAAUCGCACUAUGAUUGUACAACAGAUUGUACCGUAAAAGUUCUAAUUAGCUUUUAUCUGUCAAAAUUUAUGUUACAUCAUUAUGCAGUCAUCAGAUCAUGAGCAUAAGGUCGUGAAUUCAGCACACUGUGGCACAGUUUUUGUGAAUUUGGAGAGUUAUAUCCUCAAAUUAUUUGCAGUGAAAAGAUGAAGUACCUUGCUGUUGUAGUUGCUGCUCUGCUCUUUGUGGCUGCUAAUGCUGCCCCAUCACGAAAGGCUGCAGCACCAGCUUGCGCCACAACUCCAGCACAAUGGACUGGAUACAUUUAUGAGAUCUCAUUCGCAGAUGCUAAGCUAGCACUGAGAGUGUCUGAGGCUAAUUAUGAUCGUGAUGCCAAGAAACUCAAGCUAACUGACAUUGAUGUAAAAGAAUCUGCCAAAAAGACUAUCACACUCCUUGAUUAUUCAACUGGAACAUCAUACACUUCAGUUGAAGGACAGUGCACUAAGGGAAACGUUACUGGAAUAAUCCCAAACUUUGGAGUACCAGGUGGUGCCACAGCCGACCGCAACGGAGCCAAGUACCUAGGAUCAUCUCUGCCUAACCUAGGUGUACUGGUGUAUGAGUAUUAUGGUACUGACAGUGUUGAUGGAGAUUAUUACGUGACAUAUACACCGAUUGGUGAUGGUGAAGUAUGUGUUCCAAUCCUUCGUUCCCUAUUGACUACAAGCCCCCUGAAGGAAGCUAUUUUUGAGUACACUAAUAUAACAACUACUCUUCCAGCAGAUCCUUUUAGCAUGCCUCCUGGUUGCUAAAAGAAGUGUGGCGAAACUUUAAUGUAGUAUUGAACAUUAGGUGUCAUUAUUAUUUUGUGAAUGAUUGCUUUUAUGCUAUAAUUAAUAUUUCUAAGAUUUAAUAUUAUACAUGAAUUAAAUUAAGCUGAACACUUAUGACACUUCACAAAGAAAGAGCUUGAACUCUUUAUCAGCUAAUGUUACACAAUAUAACACAAUGCAUCCCUGAUGCUGUUUGUAAUAACUGCAUGUGAAACAUGAGUAUUGGUUAGGAAACAUUACAUAAUGAGCACAGUGACAUUGUCUCCAAUUGAAUUCAUGAUACCUUUAAAAGGUGUUGAAAUAAGAAUCAGCAGUACAGUCACAUGCAUCAAGUUGGGAUGACACACUGUUAUAUAAUGCAAAAAAAGGUCAAACAAUAGUCAUUCAUAGUCUCCAUAGCAAAUUACAGAGACUCUUGAGCUCAAUAGCAACUCAGUAUGUCCUUGAGUGUACUUCUUCUUGUUGUUCUUUUUGGAAUUGCUACUGCUCAGCCUUCAGAGAGGUGCGCUGCAACACCAUCAACAUGGAGUGGAUACAUCUAUGCAAUUGAGUUCCGCCUUGGAAAACUGGAGCUGCUAAUAUCUCUGGCCAACUACGACAGGGAAAGUCAAAAGAUCAAGAUUACUGAUACUGAUGUCAGCCCUGGAUCACCAAAGAGAACCACACUGGAAGAAUGGAGCACAAAAACACGUUAUGUUUCUGAAAAUGGGCAAUGCAGGAAGGAAAGAAUAGAAGAGGCUGAGUUUCCUAAAUUUGGAGUUCCAGAGGGGGCCAAACGUAUUGGAGCACCAGAGUAUCUUGGAUCCAAGCUUCCUAAUCUAGGAGUACUGGUGGAGCAGUAUUCCAGAGCAGGGAGUGAAGGAGAAUUUUUUGGAACGUUUGCUCCAAUUGGGAAUGGAGAAAUGUGUGUUCCAAUUAUAACUUCUACAUUGACUGUAGUACCACUAGCUGAAUCACUAUUAGAGUAUGUUAAUGUUACUACUACUCUCCCUGUUGAUCCUUUUAGUAUUCCACCUGGAUGCAAAUGAAGAUUGAAGGAUUGAAAUAAAACUAGCGUGUGUGUCAGUGUGCUAAUCAUUAUUAUUAUUGUUAUUAAUAUUUCUGAUACUUGCUCACGUGUAGUGAUAUAAAUUU